AUGGACAAAAUCAACACCAUUGUCAACGCUCCACCGCCCUCGUCCAAGGCUGAACUCCAGACUUUCUUGGGGCUACUGAACUUCUUCCACUCUUUCUUGCCCCUCAAAGCCGCCAUCGCGGAGCCCCUGCACCGUCUGCUUGAGAAACAGGUCAAGUGGGUCUGGGGCCCGAAGCAAGCCACCACGUUCUGGGCCGUCAAGGACCUGCUGACAUCGAACAUGGUCCUGGCACACUUCGAUGAAGCACUUCCUGUGGUCCUCGCCUGCGACGCUUCGUCGUAUGGGGUCGGUGCCAUCCUAGGCCACCAGCUGCCCGAUGGCUGGGAGGUUCCAGUGACCUACUACUCCAGGACCCUCUCCUUGGCCGAGCGCAACUACACUCAAAUUGACAAGGAGGCAUUGGCAAUCGUGGCAGGGGUCAAGACGUUCCACAACUACCUGUAUGGCCGGCCCUUCACCAUCGUCAUGACCACAAACCCCUCUUGGGUCUCCUGGCCCCCGAUCGCCAGACACCACAGAUGCUGUCUCCCCGAGUGCUCCGUUGAUCCUCAUGGGCUACCGCUGUGUCAAAGGAUGCAGUGGAUGCUUCUCAAACAUCUUGUCAUUAUAACUUUCUUGUCCGCAAUGAAUGGGAUAAAUGCCAAUAAAGGCAUUAAAUGUGGUGGUGUUCUCUCCACACCACACGGCAAUAUCUCAAGCCCAAAUUUCCCUGGAUUCUACCCAUAUGACACAGACUGCAUGUGGCUCAUAGUGGUAACAGAAGGAUCCUCUGUUCUGCUGACCUUCCAUCACUUUGAUCUGGAAUACCAUGACAGCUGUGAAUAUGACUACCUCAAGGUCUACAAUGGGGUCUCAGAAGACCAAGGAAACCUCCUAGGCAAAUUCUGUGGCACAAGUGUUCCUCCGCCAUUUACAUCAUCCUGGAAUGUCAUGACAAUAAUCUUUCACUCAGAUAAGCAUGUGGCCAGCCAAGGAUUUUCUGCUGUCUACCAAAAAGAUGUCUGUGGGGGGGUGCUCACCGGCCUUUCUGGAUCAAUAACAAGCCCUGAUUAUCCUGAGAAUUACCCCAACAAUGCUGAAUGCCUUUGGAUCAUCCAGGCAACUUCAGAUUCUGUCAUCAAAUUGGUUUUUGUUGACUUCCAAAUGGAAAACAGUGAACAGUGCAGUUUUGAUUAUGUGGCAAUCUUUGAUGGGCCUACCAUGGGGGAUCCACUUCUCAGUCACUACUGUGGGAGUAUGAAGCCUCCAGCUGUAGUCUCUUCCAUGCAUGAACUUCUGGUUGUGUUCAAAUCAGACUUUAACAUUGCAGGCAGAGGCUUCAAGGCCUAUUUCUUUUCAGGUGCAUGUCAGGAGGUAUACACGGCUGUCAAAGGAAAUUUCUCUAGUCCUCAAUAUCCCAACUUUUAUCCCAACAAUAUCAAGUGUCACUGGACCAUCCAGCUGCCCCCAGGAUAUCGAAUCAAAGUCUUCUUCCUGGACUUGGAUCUGGAAGGACGGAACAGUCUGACAGAUGGCUGCGAUUAUGACCAUCUCGCUGUGUUUGAUGGAGGCACUGAGAAAGCAUUGCUUUUGGGGAAGUGGUGUGGGAGAGAAAUGCUGUCUCCUAUUAUAUCCAGUAGAAACAAACUGCUAUUGGUCCUUCACACAGACCGGAAUACAGCCAACCGAGGUUUCUCAGUGGCAUAUAUUGGAGUAGUCCCCAUGAAUGUCAGCUGCACACGGACAGAAUUUCAGAUCCAGAUCCCCACACAAUCAGUGGCCCAGCUGGAGCGAAAUAAGAUAUAUUUAGGGACCCCAUCCUGCUCUGCUCAAGUUGUUGGCUUGAACUUCAGGAUACAUGCAAGGUUUGAAACUUGUGGUACAGAACCACAGAAAAGAAAUAAUACAUCCAUGAUCAUCAGCAUCCUGUAUAUUGAUUUUUCGGAUGGAAAUCAGGAAGACAUUCACCAGUAUGAGGUGCAGUGUGAGCCUAAAAGGAAAGAGGCAUCUGUGAAUCUUAUUUCCGGGUCUGAUCCCUAUAGGCUGAGCCAGUAUGCUGAGAACCUGGAGGAGUCCCAACAGCGGGAUGCCGAAGUGGCUGAAGUCUAUGAGAGCAAGAGUCAGGACACCAGUGACAUCGUAUUCAUCAGCAUCUGCAUCCUUGCGGGCGUUCUUAUGGUAAUUGCUAUUGUUGGGUUAGUCCUGCUCUAG